AUGGCCGCCAACGCCACCAGCGACCUCCACGCUCCCAGGAUGCAGCUGAGCGUGGCUGACAUCGUCGUCAUCACCGUGUAUUUUGCUCUGAAUGUGGCUGUGGGCAUAUGGGCCUGGCAAACAGGAGACUGGUCACAUCCCCUCAGCUUUCUGGGCCUCAGUGUUUUGAUCUGUGACAUAAAGACACCACCUACCUGGGGUGAGAUCUCCUAUCAAGAGGCCCACAUGGGACCAGGUGGUGGUGGUGGUGGCUGUGGCACUGGUGAUUAUAAUGGCACCACAGCGAAGGAAUGUGAUAGACUCUGCAACUUAGAUGUCUUCGGGUCCCCAGAAUCAGAGAUUGUGUCAGGACCACACAAACCAAUUUCUGGUAAAGCAGCAGCCCCGUUCUACAUUCCCACCAGCAGUGCACGGGCUUCCAACUCCUGCCUCUUCUUUCUGUCCUUGCAGUCCUCUUGUCGGGCCAGCAGGAACACAGUGAAGGGAUACUUCUUGGCAGGCCGGGACAUGACAUGGUGGCCGAUCGGAGCCUCCCUCUUUGCCAGCAGCGAGGGCUCUGGCCUCUUCAUUGGACUGGCAGGCUCAGGCGCGGCAGGAGGUGUGGCUGUGGCAGGCUUCGAGUGGAAUGCCACAUAUGUGCUGCUGGCGCUGGCGUGGGUGUUCGUGCCCAUCUACAUCUCCUCGGAAGUGAGUCUACUCAUGGGGCCUCCAGCCAGGGCGCUGGGCCUUGGUAUAAGUUGCUGGUAGUAAUGGGCAGGACUACUGUGGCCUCACAUCAGGCGUGUGAACUCUCAGGCCUGGGCUUGCUAUUAGCCCAACUAACAUUUCUAUCAACCUGUUAAGGUAUGUCCCCUCGGACCUCAGCCUAGGUGCCUUCUUGGCUGGUUUCCACUGCCCUGACUGCUGCAUCUCUGGAAUAAUGUCCCAUCCAGCUGGGCACAGUGGCUGCACACCUGGGCCACACACCUAGGCCACACACCUGGGCCUCACACCUGGGCCGCACACCUGGGCAUCACAC